AUGCCCUACGAACCCUGCUCCCACGAAGACAAAGACCUCGACCUCGAACAAGGCGACGUCGAGAUCGAAUUCGAACGCGGGAGCCAGUGCGAGAGCGAUUCGGAAUCCGAGUUCAGCACCCCUAUUUAUACACCGUCUUCAUCUACAUUUUCAUCUCCCGCACCUGACCAGCAGGAACAACAACGGCCAGAACAACAGAAUGAAUCCCAGUCUGAGUCUCAAUCACAAUCAAAAACACAACCACAAGCAGCGGAAGAGCAACAGCAACAGCAAGAGGAGCAAUAUCAGUAUGAGAUGCAGAACCAACAACUCCAGCAGCAGCUAGAGGAUCAAUUUAAGCAACUACAGCAAUAUGAGGCACGGAUCCAAGAACUCCAGGAAGAACAUCAGCAGCAGCUAGAGCAGAUACAUGAGCUACAAUGGUACGAAUAA